AUGAUGAACAUAUAGCAAUACCAAAAUUACUUCCCUUAUGUGAAUGAGGCAUAAGUGCAAUUCUAAGGCGAGAUUGAGCAAGCAAAAUAAAACCAGGGUUCAAAUUAUAAUGAGUUUAACUUAUUCCAAUAGAAUUUUUAUGCACCUGCAUUUCCUCCCUAUUAAUUUGAGUUCGUACAAGAACACGAGAUACCUAGCCAAAUAAAAAAUAAAAAAAAUAAAAAACAUAAGAAUAACGAUUCAAAGGGCCUUCUGCCAAAGACAUUAGAAUCAGACAAAUAGUUCGUUGAGGAUCAGCCACAAAUAAUUAUCCCAUCGGAUUAGAUGUACAAUAUUCAUUCUCACCCUAGUAUUAAACAACCAUAUCCAGUGUUUCAUUACACACAAGGCAAUCCCAUGCCCAAACUUCAAUCAGACAUUGUUUCCAAUCCACAUUAAGAUGGCUAAGGUUCUCAGGAGGGUUCUCAAUAGACGCAAAAAUAGAAGGGACAGCAUUCUCAAAUAAAAAAGCCUAAGAAAGAGAACAUCAAUACUGGUCAUUGGUCAACCGAUGAACAUUCGACCUACAUAUCCUUUUUAUAGUAAUAUGAGGAUAUCAUGACAUCCUCAAUGAUGAAGAAGACAUCGAAAAUAUUCAAAUAAAUGAGUGAGCUAAUUGGUACUAGAACACCCAGUCAAUGCCGAAGUCAUCAUCAGAAAUUUAACCCAUACGCUUUGAGAGGAGAGAACGGAAAGCGAUUGCCGAGAGCUGAGAGAAGUAGAGCUGGAAGAAAGAAGAAGAAUCCAUAGGCAGAUUUGCCCAAAGCAGAAGAGGCAAACAUCAUAGCCAAUUAUGAAACACACGAUCCCUAUUACUACAUGAUGUUGGAACAGCAGAAAUAUUAUUAUUCAAAUCUUUAGUAAGAAUUUUGGAAUCCUUAACACGAAAUGGAACAUCAUCCUAGUAUUAAAAAAGAGGAGGACAUUGAAUUCAUGAACAAUCCUCAUCUUCAAUAACUUCAAUAAGAAUAUGAAGAAUGUUUAAAAUAUAAUCUGCCUUUUGUCUAAAGAAAUGGGAUUCAUUCAGAUUACAAUUUCGAUGCUAGAAACCAAGUUGUUAACGAUUUAUUAAUAUGA